GGGGCCGGGGCUGCCGGGGCCGCCGGGGCUGCGGGCAUGGCGCGGGGGCGCGGCUGCUGCGCGAUGGCCCUGCUGCUGGUGCUGCUGCUGCUUGGCUGCCGCCUGCCCGGGGCAGAGCCCGUGGCCGUGAUGUCGGUGGAUGUGGGCAGCGAGUCGAUGAAGGUCGCCAUCGUGAAGCCCGGCGUGCCGAUGGAGAUCGUCCUCAACAAGGAGUCACGAAGGAAAACGCCUGUGGCUGUUUCUUUGAAGGAGAACGAGCGUCUCUUUGGGGACAGCGCGCUAGGAAUGUCCAUAAGGACCCCCAAGGUGGCAUUCAGGUACUUCCAGGAUCUGCUGGGAAAGCGCAUCGACAAUCCUCACGUGGCGCUGUACCAAUCCCGCUUCCCAGAGCACGAACUGGUGAGGGAUGAGAAGAGGCAGACUGUUAUCUUCAAGCUGUCCCAAACGACGCAGUAUUCUCCGGAGGAGAUGCUGGGGAUGGUCCUCAACUAUUCGCGUGGUCUGGCUGAGGAGUUUGCAGAGCAGCCCAUCAAGGACGCGGUGGUCACCGUUCCUGCCUACUUCAACCAGGCGGAGAGGAGGGCGGUCCUGCACGCCGCCCGCAUGGCCGACCUGAAGGUGCUGCAGCUCAUCAACGACAACACGGCCGUGGCGCUGAACUACGGGGUUUUUCGGAGGAAAGACAUCAAUGCCACCGCACAGAAUAUCAUGUUUUACGACAUGGGAGCAGGCAGCACCGUUUGUACCAUCGUCACCUAUCAGACAGUGAAAACAAAGGACUCGGGAACCCAACCUCAGCUGCAGAUCCAGGGCGUCGGGUUUGACCGUACUCUUGGAGGUUUAGAGAUGGAGUUUCGCCUCCGGGACUAUUUGGCAAAGCUCUUUAAUGAUCAGCAUCCUUCAAAAGAUGUCCGAAAGAAUCCCCGGGCCAUGGCCAAGCUCCUGAAGGAAGCCAAUCGCCUGAAGACCGUCCUGAGCGCCAACGCUGACCACAUGGCACAGAUUGAGGGGCUGCUAGAUGAUAUUGACUUCAAGGCUAAAGUCUCAAGGCAAGAAUUUGAGGAUUUGUGCUCCGACUUGUUUCAGCGAGUCCCUGGACCUGUGCAGCAGGCUCUGAGCAGCGCAGAAAUGAGCCUGGAUGGAAUUGACCAGGUGAUUCUAGUUGGCGGUGCCACACGGGUCCCCAAAGUGCAGGAGGUUUUGCUGAAAGCUGUGGGCAAAGAAGAACUGGGCAAGAAUAUCAACGCCGAUGAGGCUGCUGCGAUGGGUGCGGUCUACCAGGCAGCUGCUCUCAGCAAAGCCUUUAAGGUGAAGCCUUUUGUUGUUCGGGACGCCGCUGUGUUUCCUAUCCAGGUGGAGUUUACUCGUGAAGUUGAGGAGGAUGAUAAAUCCAAGAGUUUAAAGCACAACAAGAGGAUUUUGUUCCAGCGCAUGGCACCCUAUCCACAGCGCAAAGUUAUCACUUUCAACCGCUACACAGAUGACUUUGAGUUCUAUGUCAACUACGGAGACCUGUCUUUCCUGAACCAGGAGAACUUGCGGGCUUUUGGUUCUCUCAAUCUCACUACCGUGAGGCUAAAGGGAGUUGGAGACAGUUUCAAGAAGCACUCGGACUACGAAUCCAAAGGCAUCAAAGCUCACUUCAACAUGGAUGAGAGCGGAGUACUGAGUCUUGACCGGGUGGAAUCUGUGUUUGAGACCUUGGUGGAAGACAAGCUGGAGGAGGAGUCAACGCUGACGAAACUUGGGAACACCAUCUCAAGCCUGUUUGGGGGAGGCAGCCCGACGCUGGAGGCUGGAGAGAACCUGACUGACUCCGUUCAGGAAGAAGAAGAAAGCGUACCAGAGGCAGGUAAAGAAGAGCAGGAGGAGAAACAGGACCAGAAAAGCAGUGUGGAAGAAAAUGGUGAAGAGCAGGGAGAAGAAAAGCAGGAGUCUCCAGGUCAGGCAGAAUCUGCUCCUCCAAAAGCAGAGUCACAGAAAGAGGAAGAAGGCGAGAAAUUAGAGUCUCAGGAUCCCAAGGAAAACAGAGAAACCGUGAAAGAGGAGGAACCAUCCAAAAGUUCCGGUGACAGCACAGUCAGCAAAACGGAGGAAGAGAAGAAGAUCAAAGUGCCCAAGAAGCAGAAGGUCGUCCACGAGAUCACCAUGGAAGUGGAUGUAAACGAUGUGCCCGACCUGCUGGAGGAGGAACUGAAGAGCUCGAUGAAAAAGCUCCAAGAUUUGACAAUCAGAGAUCUAGAGAAACAGGAGAGAGAAAAAUCAGCCAACAGCUUGGAGUCCUUCAUCUUUGAGACCCAGGACAAGCUUUACCAAGAGGAGUAUCAGUUUGUCUCAACAGAGGAGCAGAGAGAAGAAAUUUCCAGAAAGCUUAGUGAGGCUUCCACUUGGAUGGAGGACGAAGGCUACGCAGCAGCGACAAAGGAGCUGAAAGACAAGCUUUUGGAGCUGAAAAAGCUUUGCAGGAAUCUCUUCUUCCGUGUUGAGGAAAGGAGGAAGUGGCCAGAACGCCUGGCUGCCUUGGAAAGUCUACUCAACCACUCUACCAUCUUUCUCAAGGGGGCCCGAAUGAUUCCAGAGUCUGACCAGAUAUUCACGGAAGUGGAGCUGAGUACGCUGGAAAAAGCCAUCAAUGAAACAACGACCUGGAAAAACGAAACCCUGGCUGAACAGAACAAGCUCCCUCCUACUGAGAAACCCAUCUUGCUGUCCAAAGAUAUAGAGCUUAAGAUUGCAGCCCUGGACAGGGAAGUGCAAUAUCUCCUAAAUAAGGCCAAGUUUGCAAAACCCAAACCCAAAAAGGAGAAGAACACCACAAAAACAGAUACAGGCAAGAAUGCUACAGCAGCCUCUGAGACUGAGGACACUAUCCCUCCCACGGAGGGGAAACAAGAAGACAAACCUGAGGACGUUGGUCCAGCCGAGGAGCCUCCUGCAGCUGAGAAAGUGGCAAUAGGUGAUGAGCCUGGCUCAGACGCCGGGUCCAAAACCGAGAAGACAGAAGCUGGAGGAGAAAGCAGGAAAAAUGAUGAAUUAUAACACCCCUGAAAUCCCA